ACCACAAAUGCAACAUAUCAAGAUCGAAUAGCUGCGUUUGGUCCACGUCUUACUGACGAAGGCCUUUUUGGAUAUCUUAUAUCAGUAGAAACAAUUGAGGCCGACAACCAGAAAGGAUGUAAUAAGCUUAAGAAAAAACUUGAUAAUAAUAGUAUAGCACUUGUUGAACGCGGUCAGUGUUCUUUUAUCGAUAAAGUGCGAAACAUGCAAGCCUCUGGGGCUGUUGCCGUCGUAGUUGGAGAUAACGAACACAACGGUUUGAUCACUAUGUAUGCCACUGGGGAUACAUCUGACGUAAAAAUCCCAUCGGUAUUUGUUGCUCAAACUGAAUAUAGAGACCUCAGAUCUCUCUCACUUGUGGCUAAAGAACCUGUGGAAAUUCAACUACUUAAAGAUGAUCUUUUACAGUGGCCUUUAUUAGAUGUUAUCAUUGUAGUGAUUCUGUCACCAACUGUGAUGAUGAUUUUUAUAUAUGUUCUUUGGCGCAUUCGUCAGCGUCAAAGACGCAAACAAGAUAUCGCUCCUCAACAGGUUGUUGGAAAUCUUCCAACGAAAAUCUUUUAUCGCUCAAAAAGGCAAGAUAAUGAUCCACAAGAAUGUGUCAUUUGCUUAGAAGAUUAUGUGGAUGAGGAUGAACUAAGAAUUAUGCCUUGUAAACAUGAGUAUCACGUUAAAUGUAUCGAUAGUUGGUUAACCACAAGACAGAGAUUU